GGCACACGUGCGGGCGGCGACCGCGAGAGGAGCCACAGCUGCGCCGCGUCCGCGGACCCGAGAUCCUUCCUUCUGUGAAAAUGAAUCUUGCAGCUCCCGAAGCGGUUUCCUUUUCAGAGAUGACCAUUGUCUUAUUUAUGGCAGUAUCCAUUCUAAUGUCUAUAAAAAUGUUACUGAAGAGCAAACAACCACAUCCACCAGGUCCUUGGUCACUGCCAAUUUUGGGGAAUCUCCUCCAACUUGGAGAGCAUCCAUAUCUUUCCUUGGAUCUCAUGAGGAAGAAAUAUGGAGAUGUGUUUCAGAUAAAGUUGGGGAUGGUCCCUGUUGUGGUAGUGAAUGGGCUUAGUGCUGUGAAGCAGGUGCUUCUGAGAGACGGGGAGAAUUUUGCUGGCCGACCCGACAUGCACACAUUCUCUUUUUUUGCUAAUGGGGAGAGCUUGUCGUUUUCUGUGAAGUACGGGGAGAGCUGGAAGCUUCAGAAGAAGAUUGCCAGCAAAGCGUUGAGAUCCCUCUCCAAGUCUGAAGCCACGUCCUCAACUUGCUCUUGCCUUCUGGAAGAGCACGUUUGCUCUGAAGCUUCAGAACUAGUGAAAACCCUUGUGGAGCUUUCCAAGAGUGGGAGCUUCGACCCGGCGACCAUUAUCACUUGCACGGUUGCGAAUGUCGUGUGUGCCCUUUGCUUUGGCAAGAGGUAUGACUACAAUGACCAAGAAUUUCUGAGUGUGCUUAAGCUAAACGAUGACCUUCUGAAAGCCACCAGUGUCUUCAAUCCGGCCGAUUUCAUACCGUAUCUUCGCUACCUUCCGCUCCCUGCUGCAAAGGCUGCUUGCGAGUUUUACGGGAAUUUUAAUAAGUUUGUUGCAUGCCGUGUAGAAGAUCACUAUACCACAUACGACAAGAACCAUCUCAGAGACAUCACGGAUGCUCUGAUUAAUGUCAGCAAUGAAAGAAGAGCUGAUGGGAAAACUGCAGCCAUAUCUAAUGAUAAAAUCAUAAUUACUGUCAAUGAUAUUUUUGGAGCUGGUUUUGGUACCAUGUCAUCAUGUUUGGAAUGGGUAUUCCUGUACUUGAUAAGCAACCCAGACAUUCAAACUAAAAUUCAAGAGGAAAUUGAUGGAAAGCUUGGACAAAAGCCACCAAGGUUUGGGGAUCGAAAAGAUCUGCAUUAUACAGAAGCUUUCAUUAAUGAAGUUUUUAGGCACAGUUCCUUCAUUCCAUUUACUAUUCCUCACUGUACCAUCAAAGGUGUCCAUCUCAAUGGCUACUACAUUCCACCAAACACUUGUAUUUACAUUAAUAUGUAUCAAGUAAAUCAUGAUGAGUCCUUGUGGGCCGACCCUUACUUGUUUAAACCAGAGAGAUUUCUGAAUGAAAAUGGGGAACUCAGUAAGACCUUGACAGAGAAGGUUUUGAUCUUUGGAAUGGGGAUACGAAAAUGUCUGGGAGAAGAAGUGGCCCGCAAUGAGAUCUUUGUUAUCCUUACUACCAUCUUGCAACAGCUGAGGUUGGAGAAAUCUCCUGAAGAGCAGCUGGAUCUAACCCCAAUGUAUGGGCUCUCUAUGAAACCCAAACCGUAUCGAAUUCAGGUUGUUAUGCGCACUUGAAAAAACACUUAAGGAGAAAACAAGUUUGCUAGGACACAAAACAAAACAGCGCAGCCAUGCAGUGUUAUAUAAUGCACAGCAACCUUCCCAAGCUGUUGCCACACAAUCAUUUUGGAAUUCAGUUCCCAUCUGCCCCAGGCAGCAUGGCUGAUGGGCAGUGAUGCUGGGAGUUGCAGUCCAAAACAUAUGGAAGGCACCAGGUUGGAUCUCUGUGGGACAUUUGCUGUGAUGACCAUGCUGUUUUAUGGGUUUCGUUGUCCAGCCUGUAGGGAUUCUGAGAACAUAAUGCUAAUGGAGCGGCUUUUAUAUAAGUUUAAUGAAGGAAGGAAGGAUUAGCUGGAUAGUUUGGCUUGAAUCCUGACCUGCUGUUGCUUGUGUACCUGUAUGUUUUUCCAUAUAGGGCAAAUAAAUUUUGCAAGGAGGCAAUUCAGAUUGGGGCAAGCAUUAAUACCCCUGGCCCAGCACCAUGUCUCUGACCCUGCCUGCAUAGGGGAGCAACUUGUAAUGUUCAGAAAGACCUCCUGAUGCCACAUCUCAGCUGGCCCUCAGGGACAGCAUCACCUGUUCUGCUGGAGGUUGCUUUGUUCUCCAGCCCUCUUUUGAAGUUAUGUUGGCAAGAUGAAGUUGUAUACAUAUAUUACCUUGGUGGAGCACCCUCUUUCUCUUUUCCCUGCUCCACAUCCCAGAAUACAAUUUGGUAGGAAAAGAAGCAGGCACAUAGUAUUGAUGAUGGUAUUGUCUAUCCACACACAAGAGGAUGUGAACUGAGUAAAAAAGUUGGGUGGAGGAUGAGAGAGAGAGCGAGAGCGAGAGCGAGCGCUGAGGUAUGAAAAGGUGAAGAAAUAGGCAUACUGAAAUACCUUAAAUUAAUCUUAAAAUAUCAGUAUGCAGUUGUGUAAAGGUAGGCAGGAUGUUUGACCCCAUAAUUCUCCUGGUUCUCGCACAUUUUCAUUCCCUGCUGUAGUCAAUAGAUCAUGGAUAUACGGAGAAGGAUUUCCUCAUAACAAUCCCUAACAUUUCUGUGCGCCAAAAUGGCAAUGUGGGAAAUUAUUUUCAUGGAAUAUUGUAUCUUUCAACUGUCAAUCAGUAGUUAAAACUUGAUAGUUAAAACUGUCAAUAAAAUAUUUCAGAUGA